AUGGAGUCCAACAACUCUGUCCUCGCCGACCCGUCCACGUACCCGGCCGACCUGGCCGGCUUGUGUCCCAAGCUCCCCGUCCGCGUGAGCCGCAACCCGGAACUCGCCGACCGGGGCGCCCUCCGCGCCCAAAGCGACUGGAAGAGCCUCUUUGGCUCCCUUCCCCGGGGCUUCGCCGGCACCAUGGGCCCAGAGCACAACCUCAUCGCCACUUGCCUGCCCGAGGCCCUCCCGGACCGUAUCGAGCUCGUCACCUACGCCUGCGAAAUCGCGCUGCUAGCCUACGACGCCAUCGAGGGCGCCGAGGACCCUAUGGCCGCUGCUGCGCCGUUCGUGGCGGACCUCCUUCAAGCAAGCCAGUUCUCCACGGAGCAUCCCGGCGAGGUUGAGCCCCAUCACUCCCCGGCGGGUGGGCUCCUUGCGCAGGUUUGCAGAGCCAUCGUCACAAUCGAUCCGAGGGCGGGCAGAGAUGCGUUGCGCUGGGUGGCAAAGUGGACGGCUACCUUUAUGACCCUCCCGAAACACCGUGAGUUCCGCGACUUGGAGCACUAUCUCGAACACAGGCGUGUCGACGUCAGUUCCGACGCUUUCUUGGGCAUGGCCGUGUUGAGCAUGGGCCUGAACAUCCCCGAAGAACAACAGCAGGCAUGUCUCGAGCUUUCUGAGCCCUUAUGGCGCCAGCUCUCGCUUGCCAAGGACUAUGUUUCGUGGGAGCGAGAGUUCAUGGCGGCAAGUGCUCACGACGACAUGGUUGUGAACAAUGCCGUCUGGGUCCUGAUGAAGCAACACGCCAUGACCUGUGAGGAAGCACAGGCCGUGUGCCGCGAGCGUGCUAACCGGUACGCUGCAGAAUACCUGCAGGUUCUCGAGACGGUGGAUGCCAGGGACGAUCUCUGUGCGGACGCCAAAUCCCUGCUCCACACGUUGCAGCUCGCGAUGAGCGGGAACGUCGUCUGGUGUCUCCAGUCUCCCCGGUAUAACCCCGCCCGGUGGCUGAGCACGGCGCAACUUGAGAUAGCCAAAGCCGUUGGAGCGGAAGAGGCGCAUUCAUGGAGUCGUGCGAACCCACUGGCCGUGAACGGGGACAUCAAGAAUGCGAACGGUAGGGCACACGGACUUUCCGUCAAUGGCGUCAGCCAUCGCGCCGUCCCAGUCGCAGUCGCAGUAGUGCGAGACGUCCCGGCUCUGAGCACCGAGGUUCUCGAGGCACCCUCGCGCUACGUCGACACGAUGCCCUCCAAGGGCUUCCGGGACAGGCUUAUCGACGCCUUGAACCUCUCGUUCAGAGUGCCGCCUGAGGAGGUAGCCACGAUCAAGAAGCUUGUGAACCUUCUGCACGGCGCCUCCCUGAUGCUCGACGACAUCCAAGACGGUUCUGCCUUCCGCCGCGGGAGGCCCGCCACGCACCUCGUCUUUGGCCAGGGGCUGACCAUCAACUCUGCCGCGCACUGCUUUCUCGACGCACUGCGCGAGGGCGUCCGAGAGUUGUACAUCGCGCAGAGCCACGACUUGACGUGGACAGCGAAUCUCCGCUGCCCCACGGAAGACGAAUACUUGGCCAUGGUCGACGGCAAAACUGGUGGACUCUUCCAGAUGUCUGCUAAGCUGCUGGACGCCAAAUCGGUCUCGCCCGAGAGACCCGACUUGACACUUCUCACGCGCCUCAUGAGACUUUUCGACCGGCUCAUCCAGAUCCGAGAAGAUUACAUGAAUCUUACCUCGACAGAGAAGGGUUUCAGCGAAGACCUCGAUGAGAGAAUAUACUCGCUGCCACUGAUCCAUGCGCUGGGGCGUUGCCAGGACGACCGUGCCCCUGAGAUUUGUGGUGCUCACGACGCGACGCUCCUCCGCAGCAUGCUGUCGCAACGGCGCGCCGUCGGCGAGAUGACGCUGGAGCAGAAGAAAGUGUUGCUGCAGCACCUGAAGGACCGGGGCAGCCUUGAGUACACCCGCGACGCGAUGGCCGUCUUGAUGGCGGAGAUUAGGAGCUUGUCGUCACAGAUGGGCUUGCUGGAGAAUGCGAAGUGGACGGCGCUGUUGGAGGCUGUGGCGGUCUGA